UGAGAGCAGGGUAUUUCUUCCAGCCCCGUCACAGCAGAUGGUGUUACAGUUGCUGCUAUCUCCAGCGCUGGAACUUUUCCAUCUGAGAGACUGGUGGAACUUUCUAAUCACUCCAUCAGCCUGCCACUCUACUACAGGUGCAGCAUUGGAACCCCGUGUAAAUAAGUAGGGUGGCAAAAAUAAAUAAUGGCAGCAAAAUUGACCAGCAGAGCCCUUCUGCAUCACUUCAUUAACAAGCAUCAUGUAUCCUUCAAGAUCUGCCCCUGGAGAAGGCUGGAGGCCAGGUAUUGCUUCUCUGUGCCAAAGCAGAAGAUUCAGCAGUCACAAGUUGCAAACCCUCAGUGGGAUGUCCAGUCCUACAUGCCAGAAGCAGCUGCUUUGUCCAGUCUGCAGUCCUACCAGGAGUUGCUGCAGUUCUCAGUGCAAGACCCGGAGACAUUCUGGGGGGUCCUUGCCAGGGAAAGGCUGACAUGGGUGAAACCUUACCAGACUGUAAAAGACUGUGACUUCACACAAGGACGGGUUAGAUGGUUUCUAGGUGGGCAGCUGAAUGUAUCUGUGAAUUGUCUUGACAAGCAUGUGCACCAGUGUCCAGAAAGAGUCGCCUUGAUCUGGGAGAGGGAUGAACCAGGGACUCAUGUGAAUAUCACUUACAGAGAGCUCCUAAAUACAACAUGCCGCAUCGCCAAUACACUGAAGAAAUAUGGAAUCCAGCGAGGAGACCGAGUGGCUAUAUACAUGCCUGUUUCCCCUCUUGCUGUGGCUGCCAUGUUAGCCUGUACCAGAAUUGGUGCUGUACAUACGGUUGUCUUCGCUGGAUUUAGUGCUGAAUCUUUGGCAGGAAGGAUCAAUGAUGCUUGCUGCAAAGCUGUCAUCACAUUCAACCAAGGACUGAGGGGUGGAAGAACAACAGAACUGAAGAAGACUGUGGAUGAAGCUGUCAAGAAUUGCCCUUCGAUAAAACACGUCUUUGUAGCACAGAGGACCGAAAAUGAAGUCCCCAUGGGUAAACUUGACAUACCACUUGAAGAGGAGAUGGCCAAGGCAGAUGCUACAUGUGCACCUGAAGCUAUGAACAGUGAAGAUAUGCUUUUUCUGUUGUACACAUCUGGCAGCACUGGGAAGCCUAAGGGAAUUGUGCACACACAGGCAGGAUAUCUGCUGUAUGCUGCUUUAACACAUAAGUAUGUGUUUGACUAUAAACAAGGAGACAUAUUUGGUUGCGUGGCAGACAUUGGCUGGAUCACAGGUCAUAGCUAUGUUGUGUACGGCCCUCUCUGCAAUGGGGCUACAACUGUGCUAUUUGAGAGCACCCCAACAUAUCCAAAUCCAGGUCGAUACUGGGAGACUGUUGAACGACUAAAGAUUAACCAGUUUUAUGGAGCACCGACUGCGAUUCGCCUGUUGCUGAAGUAUGGCGAUGAAUGGGUGAAGAAAUACGAUAGAUCUUCUUUGAAAACUUUAGGAUCAGUGGGUGAACCAAUAAACCACGAGGCUUGGGAAUGGUUCCAUGAAGUGGUGGGAGAGAAGAGAUGUACACUGGUGGAUACCUGGUGGCAAACAGAAACCGGUGGAAUCUGCAUUGCUCCCCGCCCAUCUGAGCAAGAUGCUGAAGUUAUACCAGCAAUGGCUAUGAGACCCUUCUUUGGGAUUCAGCCUACACUGCUAAAUGAGACAGGAAAAGUUAUAGAAGGGGGUGAUGUGUCUGGGGCCUUGUGUAUUGCACAGCCAUGGCCUGGAAUGGCCAGAACCAUUUAUGGAGAUCAUCAAAGAUUUGUUGAUGCUUACUUCAAAGCAUAUCCAGGCCAUUAUUUCACCGGAGAUGGAGCCUACAGGUCAAAUGACGGUUAUUACCAAAUAACAGGCCGAAUGGAUGAUGUCAUAAAUAUAAGCGGGCAUCGCCUGGGCACAGCAGAAAUUGAAGAUGCCAUGGAUGAACAUCCAGAUGUGCCAGAAACUGCCGUAAUAGGGUAUCCACAUGAAAUUAAAGGAGAAGGUGCAUUCGCAUUUGUGGUAUUAAAGGAAGAUCUCAAGAUAGCAGAGGAAGCUAUUCAAAAAGAGCUGCAAGCAAUCGUGGCCACUAAAAUAGCAAAAUAUGCUGUUCCUGACCAUAUUCUGAUGGUUAAACGUCUCCCGAAAACCCGCUCUGGAAAAAUCAUGAGACGAGUGCUGAGAAAAAUCGCCACUGGUCAAACAGAGGAUCUGGGGGAUAUAACCACACUGGAGGAUCCUGGUGUCAUCGAUGAAAUACUGGAGGCCUAUCAAAAAUACAAUGAAGCCAAGAUUGCCCAGUAAAGGGGUCACAGCUAUCUUUUAUAGCACAUUGUAACAGAAGGAGUAGGAAGUCUUUAGGUCAUCUGGGUUUCUCAUCAACAUUUUUCCAUUUUGAAAAGCCUUUAAACCAACAAUAGAGGCUUCAUUUUUGUAAUGUUUAUUUUGUUAACUUAUUGAUGAGGCUUGUAAUAUGUUACAUUACAGUAAGUGCUAAUCAUCAGCUGGCAACACAUGGGCCACCAAAUCCCCCCUUUUAUUUAUUAUUAAUGAAUAUCCAUGGGACUCCAAACAAAACCUUUGAAUGGUCUAACUUCAUCACUUAAUUGCUUUUAGAAGAGUGUGUACCUACACUCAUUUCAUAUACAGCACCAACUGCAAAAUGCCAACUUCACAGGAGAUAUGCAGACCAGGGCAAUAUGGCUUGUUCCAAUCACACACAGAUUUUUAUUGAAUGUAAUGUAUUUAAUGUAACUCAGGAAGGUGUCCCAGCUGCACUAAAUUUUGUGUGUGAUUUGAAAACAGAUAACUGUUGUUCUGGCAUGUUUAUCUAAUGAGAGAUAAUUUAGCAAACGCAGCAAUCAGAUAACUAGCUAUAUACCAUGCUUCCUUUGUGAUUUAAUUUCACUGGGCAGUAUUGUAACUAUAGGGGGAACUUAAGGGGCUGAAAAGAAUUAACACCCCACCGGGGCUUACGCGUGAGCAAAGGCUCUGGGCUUGAUAUACAGUGCCCCCCAGCAAGUAGUUGGAACAAGUAGGAUUUACCAGGAACCAGAACAGCUGCAACCUGUAAAAUUAGGGCUCUCUGAGUUUUAUGCAGGAAAUGGGGUGUGUGUUUGCAGUUUGGUGACCAGUAAGCAGAGCUCAGGCACUAUCAGACAAGGAACUGAAAGAAGCUGUUGGGAAUUGAGUGACUGCCUAGAACAGUGAUCCCCAACCAGUGGCUCCCGGCAACAUGUUCCUCACCAACUCCAUGGAUGUUGCUCCUGCUGGCCUCAAAAUUUUUAAUUCCUG